AUGGACCAGAAUGAUAGUGAUUUUUUUUUCUUUUCCAGGUUUGUAUUUCAACAAUCGGAAAAGUUUGCAAAGGUGGAAAACGAAUACCAAUUACUGAAAAUAGAAAACAACGAAUUCCAAGGGCUUCAAAGUAAAAUCAGUUUAAUUUCAGAAAAGCUUGAGUCUACUGAAAGUAUCCUGCAAGAAGCUACAUCAUCCAUGUCUUUGGUGACCCAGGUUGAACAGGAAGUAUCCAGCCUCCAGCAUAUCAUGCAUGACAUUCAAAUUAGUGAAGAGAUGCUCGCUCAAAAGAUGCAAAGCCUUAAUGAGAAAUUCCAAAAUGUCACAAAUUUCUGGGAGAGAAGCCUGGAAGAAAUGAAUGCUGAUACAGACACUUUCAAAUCAGAAUCAAAGCAUAUGCAUUCGCAAGUGACUGUCCAAAUUAACUCAGCUGAACAAGGAAUAAAGUUGCUCACGGAAAGGGUAAAAGAUCUGGAAGACAGCACACUCAGAAAUAUCAGAACAGUGAAAAGACAAGAAGAAGAGGAUCUUCUGCGAGUCGAAGAGCAGCUGGGCUCUGAUGCAAAAGCAGUGGAAAAGUUGGAAGAGGAACAGCAUGCUCUCUUGGCCAGAGAUGAAGACCUGACUAAUAAGCUUUCCAACUACGAACCCAAAGUUGAGGAAUGCAAGACACAUUUGCCAACCAUUGAAAGUGCAAUUCGCUCUGUUCUCAGAGUCUCUCAGGAUCUGAUAGGGACAGAAAAGAAAAUGGAAGAUUUAACUCUUCAGAUGUUCAAUAUGGAAGAUGAUAUGCUGAAAGCAGUAUCUGAGAUCAUGGAGAUGCAGAAAACUCUUGAAGGACUUCAGUACGACAACAGCAUAUUAAAGAUGCAAAAUGAACUGGACGUUCUGAAAGGAAAAGUUCAUGACUUUAUAGUAUAUUCAAGUGCAGGGGAAAAGGGAACUUUAAAAGAACGUAAUCUAGAAAAUAAAGGAAUUGAUAGUGACCUUUAAA